GGGGCGGGGCGGGGCGGGGCGGGGCACACGGCGGAGCAGCUCUGCCUGCGUCCGCUCUUUGCGCAGCCAAGGGUGGGCGCCGGUCCUGAGAGGCGCACCGUUGUAAGCCAGACAAAAAGAAACUGGGGUGCCUGAGUGCCAGGUGGCGGGCAAGCGGUGGGCUUUUCGGCGGGGUCUUUAGGAUUUGCAGCGCCAGGAAGCGAGAUGUCGAAGCCGCCACCCAAACCAGUCAAACCAGGGCAAGUUAAAGUCUUCAGAGCCCUGUACACGUUUGAACCCAGAACUCCAGAUGAAUUAUACUUUGAGGAAGGUGAUAUUAUCUACAUUACUGACAUGAGUGAUACCAACUGGUGGAAAGGCACCUCCAAAGGCAGGACUGGACUAAUUCCAAGCAACUAUGUGGCUGAGCAGGCAGAAUCUAUUGACAAUCCAUUGCAUGAAGCAGCAAAAAGAGGCAACUUGAGCUGGUUGAGAGAGUGUUUGGACAACAGAGUGGGUGUUAAUGGCUUAGACAAAGCUGGAAGCACUGCCUUGUACUGGGCUUGCCACGGGGGUCACAAAGAUAUAGUAGAAAUGCUAUUUACUCAACCAAAUAUUGAACUGAACCAGCAGAACAAGUUGGGAGACACAGCUUUGCAUGCUGCUGCCUGGAAGGGUUAUGCAGAUAUUGUCCAGUUGCUUCUGGCAAAAGGUGCUAGAACAGACUUAAGAAACAAUGAGAAGAAGCUGGCCUUCGACAUGGCUACCAAUGCUGCCUGUGCAUCUCUCCUGAAAAAGAAACAGGGAACAGAUGCAGUUCGAACAUUAAGCAAUGCCGAGGACUAUCUCGAUGAUGAAGACUCAGAUUAAUUCCUUUCUGGAGCUUUGAGAUCUAAAACUUCUGUUGCUUUUGCCAUUCCAAAACUUUGUCUUUGCCAGAAAAGUGUUGGUAACUAUAAAGCAAAGUAUAUAUGAACACGGCAGUGUUGCACUGUGUUUGAGUAGCAAGUGUAAAUGACUUGUUCCCACCUUUGGCUUGCCAGUAAGUGACUGGAUUCUUGGCUGUAUAAAAUACAUUUGUGUUCACCAGAGUAGAACAAAAAGAGAUUAUUUCUAUUUAUCAAGCUAAAGGAAUUUUAAGAUUUUUUUUUUCUUUAAAACAAAUCAGGAUUUUUUUUUUCUUUUUUUUUUAGUUAAAGUGCUUUACCUCAAUGGUUGAAAUAUUUUGAAUGGAUUUUUUAAGGGGGAAAAAUGCUUAUUAUAAUAAUAAACCAAAAUACUUAACAGAAAAUCGUCAGCUAUUCUGACAAAAAUAAACAUUUUGAGAAACUUUA